UUAUAAUUUUUUGAUUUCAUCUGAAAAUAUUUUAUUGUUUCUUUCCGGCAUAUAUUAAUUCUGUUUUCUUUUGGUCGUAAAUUGAAUUUGUAAACAUAACAUAAUAUUGAUACGCUUUAGAAUGGCGGUAAGUGGAAUAAAAGAGCAUUAUUUCAAUGAAUACUCAAUAAAUUAUUAAAAAGAACAAAGAAGACAAUAGAAUAUCAGGCGUGACAAAUUGUAUUUUAGGAGCGACAGCCGGUUGUGGUGCUACAGUAAUUGUUCAACCAGUAGAUUUGAUUAAAACUCGUAUGCAAACUCAAGGCGAAAAGAAGAUUUAUAAAAGUUCAAUAGAUUGUUUUCGAAAAGUUAUAACAAAAGAAGGUAUUUUAGGAAUAUAUACUGGACUUGAUGCUGCAUUAUUACGGCAAUUAACAUAUACCGGUGGAAGAUUUGGUACAUAUAAAUAUCUUGAAGAAACUUAUAAAAAUCAGUAUGGAACCAAACCGGGUUAUGCUUCUAGGUUAUUUAUGGGAAUGAUUGCCGGAGCUGUAGGUUCAUUUCUUGGUACACCUACUGAAAUUAUUUUAAUACGAAUGACGGCGGAUGGCCGAUUACCGAUAGAAGAACAAAGAAAUUACAGAAAUGUUUUUCAUGCUUUUAAAAGAAUUAUACAAGAGGAAGGUGCUCUUACAUUAUUUAGAGGAGCAGCACCUACAAUCAAUCGUGGAAUUAUAGUUAAUAUGGUACAAUUAGGAACCUAUUAUCAAACCAAAGAGUUUUUAACAGAAAACCUGAAUAUUCCAGAAAGUAGAUUUUUACACUUUUGUUGUGGAUUAUUAUGUGGAUUUUUAUCAGCUUUUGUAACAGCUCCAAUGGACUUUGCAAAAACACGUAUACAGGAUAUGGCAACAGUAACAGAUAAACCGUUAUAUAAAGGAACAGUGGAUGUAAUUUAUAAAGUUACGCGCCGUGAAGGUUUUUUAACAGUAUAUACUGGUUUUAUGCCUUAUUUUCUCCGUAUAGGACCGAGGAAUGUUUUCACAUUUAUGUUUUUAGAAGAACUGACGAAUCUUUAUUUAAAUUAUUUAAAGUAAUAUUUAUUUAAAUUAUGUAUUAAAAAAAAUCGUAGUCAUUUUUUAAUGUUAUUAAAAUUAUAUAUGAAUAUUAUUUAUUUUAUACAAAUGAAAAUUAGAUUGAAAUUUUAUAAAUAUUUAAC